AUUAUCUAUGAGGCCAUCUGUUGUGGAAAAUGAAUUCAGCCUCAUUUGCAUGACUGAUAAGCAAUUUUUUUUUUUAUCUAUUUAACAGAAGGUCAUAUGCCGGGGAUUUGGAGCUCGUGAAAAAAAAUGUGGAGAAAAAAAAGCAUAUCGAGAGCAUGAGUGGGAGUGUGUGCAUCAGGGGACGCAUGUGGAAGUGAAACAGAUCCCUCCGGCCCGCGAGCCGAUCGCGCUGUAUUUGUCAGUCCUGCCCGGGCGACAUUUUUCCCCUAAGCUACCGCACACUAAGCAGAGAGAGAGCUUUCCUCGCAGCCUUCUGGAAGCCCCCUGAUUUUUUUACGCGUUGUUGAGACGCUCACGCGGAGGCCGAGGACAAGGUGCACGCAGCGGCCGUCUGGACACCUGUGCGACCUGCGCCCAUGUCUGAGGAGUCGUCGAGUGUGAAAAUGAACCCAAGGGAGACUUGGUGAAGUCACGUCGAGGGGCAUCUCCAACCCUGACUUCCUGAGGAAGCAGAUCGGAUCCAAGGAGCACCCCGGGUGACCGGCUGCAGAGUGACGACACCUGCAAGGGGGAAAAAUGUAGUUAUCGAACACAAUCAACUGUUGUCUCUGGAAUUAUCUGCAACAUCUGGUCAAGGAAGGUUCUGGUCGGACCCACAGACAUAUGGCUGUCCGAGGAGCCACAUAAAGAUGGAGAAAUGGAUGCACAGGGAAAUUAAGUAACUUCGCCUCAGUCCCAAGCUGGGGAGGACCAGGAAGAGAACAUAGAGGGACCCUGACUCCGGGCCCGUGUCCUGCCCACGGAGCCACGCUGCCUCCCUUCCUAGGAGAGAAGACGCCCCACAAGAUGGAGGUGGACGCCGAGGAGAAGCGUCAUCGCACACGGUCCAAAGGGGUUCGAGUUCCCGCGGAACCAGCCGUACAAGAGCUCUUCAGCUGUCCCACCCCUGGCUGUGAUGGCAGUGGUCACGUCAGUGGCAAAUACGCAAGACACAGAAGCGUAUAUGGCUGCCCCUUGGCUAAAAAAAGAAAAACGCAGGAUAAGCAGCCCCAGGAACCUGCUCCCAAGCGAAAGCCGUUUGCCGUGAAAGCCGACAGCUCCUCAGUGGACGAGUGCUACGAGACCGAGGGGUCGGAGGACGCGGACGAGAAGGAGGAGGACGAGGAGGAGGACUUCUCGGAGGACGAGGACGAGCACCGGGAGGAGGACGAGGAGGACGAGGAGGGGGACCGGGAGGAGGACGAGGAGCUCGAGGAGGAGGAGGAGGACGACGAUGAGGACGGGGAGGACGUGGAGGACGAGGAGGACGAGGAGGAGGACGAGGAGGAGGACGAGGAGGAGGACGACAAUGAGGACCAUCCAAUGAGCUGUCACAAUACUCGAAUAAUGCAGGACACGGAGAAGGACGACAACAACAAUGAGGAGUAUGACAAUUACGACGAGCUGGUGGCCAAGUCCUUGCUGAACCUCGGCAAGAUCGCGGAGGACGCGGCCUACCGCGCCAGGACGGAGUCGGAGAUGAACAGCAGCACCUCCACCAGCCUGGAGGACGGCAGCGACCGGAACGAGACCCUGGGCCGGAAGAGUGAGCUGAGCCUGGACCUGGACAGCGACGUGGUGCGGGAGACCGUGGACUCGCUGAAGCUGCUGGCCCAGGGCCACGGGGUGGUGCUCUCGGAGAGCCUCGGCGACAGAGCGUACGCAGACUCCCUGUCACAGCAGGACGGCAGGAGCAUGAACUACGUGAUGCUGGGCAAGCCCGUCAACAACGGGCUCGUGGACAAGAUGGUGGAGGAGAGUGACGAGGAGGUGUGUCUGAGCAGCCUGGAGUGUCUCAGGAACCAGUGCUUCGACCUGGCGCGGAAGCUGAGCGAGACGAGCCCGCAGGACCGGGCCCAGCCGCAGAACAUGAACGUCCGCCAGCACGUCCGGCAGGAGGACGACUUCGCGGGCAGGACGCCGGACAGGAACUACUCCGACAUGAUGAACCUGAUGCGGCUCGAGGAGCAGCUGAGCCCCAGGUCUAGAACUUUCUCCAGCUGUGCAAAGGAGGACGGGUACCACGAUCGAGAUGACGACACCACCUCCGUGAACUCGGACAGGUCCGAGGAGGUGUUUGACAUGACCAAGGGGAACCUGACCCUCUUGGAGAAGGCCAUCGCUUUGGAAACAGAGAGAGCGAAGGCCAUGAGGGACAAGAUGGCGAUGGAGGCCGGAAGGCGGGACAAUGUGCGGCCGUACGAGGAGCAGUCGCCAAGGCCGCUUCCCGGGGAAGAGAGGAAGCCUAAGUCCGGUGACAGCCAUGUCAAAAAGCCAUACUAUGGUAAAGAUCCCUCGAGAGCAGAAAAGAAAGAGAGCAAGUGUCCCACCCCGGGGUGUGACGGAACCGGCCACGUAACCGGGCUGUACCCACAUCACCGCAGUCUGUCCGGAUGCCCGCACAAAGAUAGGGUCCCUCCGGAAAUUCUUGCCAUGCAUGAGAAUGUUCUCAAGUGCCCCACUCCGGGCUGCACGGGGCGAGGGCAUGUAAAUAGCAACAGGAACUCGCACAGAAGCCUCUCCGGUUGUCCCAUUGCUGCUGCAGAGAAACUGGCAAAGGCCCAGGAAAAACACCAGAGCUGUGACGUGUCCAAGUCCAACCAGGCCUCAGACCGAGUGCUAAGGCCCAUGUGCUUCGUCAAGCAGCUGGAGAUCCCUCACUACGGCUACAGGAACAGCGUGCCCACGGCCACGCCCCGCUCCAACCUCGCCAAAGAGCUGGAGAAAUAUUCCAAGACCUCGUUUGAGUACAACACUUACGACAGCCAUACUUACGGCAAGCGGGCCAUAGCUCCCAAGGUGCAAACCAGGGAUAUAUCCCCCAAAGGAUAUGAUGCGAAGCGCUACUGCAAGAACGGCAGCCCCAGCAGCAGCAGCAGCAGCAGCUACGCGCCCAGCAGCGGCAGCCACGGGAGCUGCGGGGGCGGCGGCAGCGGCAGCAGCGCCAGCAGCACGUGCAGCUUCGACUUCGCGCACGACGUGGAGGCCGCGCACAUGGCGGCCACGGCCAUCCUCAACCUGUCCACGCGCUGCCGCGAGAUGCCGCAGAACCUGUCCACGAAGCCGCAGGACCUGUGCGCCGCGCGGAACCCUGACAUGGAGGUGGACGAGAAUGGGACUCUGGACCUCAGCAUGAACAAGCCGCGGCCACGGGAGAGCUGCUGCCCGGUCCUGACGCCCCUGGAGCCCAUGUCCCCCCAGCAGCAGGCGGUGAUGGGCAGCCGGUGCUUCCAGCUGGGGGAGGACGAGUGCUGGGAGCUGCCUGUGGACUACACCAAGAUGAAGCCGCGCAGGACGGACGGCGGCGACUCUGCCGAGGUCCCUCCGGAAGACUUGGACCCAUUCCAGGAGGCUCUGGAGGAGAGAAGGUACCCGGGAGAGGUGACCAUCCCCAGCCCCAAGCCCAAGUACCCCCAGUGCAAGGACAGCAAGAAGGACUUGAUAACAUGUCCAACACCCAGGUGUGAUGGGAGAGGUCAUGUGACUGGUAAUUACGCCUCACAUAGAAGUCUGUCGGGCUGUCCCCUCGCCGACAGAAGUAUCCGGAGCAUGCUGGCCACCAGCUCUCAAGAACUCAAGUGCCCCACCCCUGGAUGCGACGGCUCCGGGCACAUCACCGGGAACUACGCCUCCCACCGGAGUCUUUCAGGUUGUCCGAGAGCAAAGAAAAGUGGCAUCAGGAUAGCACAGAGCAAGGAAGACAAAGAAGACCAGGAGCCCAUCAGGUGUCCCGUUCCCGGGUGUGACGGCCAGGGCCACAUAACCGGGAAGUACGCCUCCCAUCGCAGCGCGUCGGGGUGCCCCUUGGCGGCCAAGAGACAGAAGGACGGGUACCUCAAUGGCUCGCAGUUCUCCUGGAAGUCGGUCAAGACGGAGGGCAUGUCAUGCCCCACGCCGGGCUGUGACGGGUCGGGGCACGUCAGCGGUAGCUUCCUCACCCACCGGAGCUUGUCGGGAUGCCCACGAGCCACAUCGGCCAUGAAGAAGGCGAAGCUGUCGGGAGAGCAGAUGCUGACCAUCCGACAGCGGGCCAGCAAUGGCAUAGAGAAUGACGAAGAGAUCAAGCAGCUGGACGAAGAAAUCAAGGAACUGAACGAGUCCAACUCCCAGAUGGAGGCCGACAUGAUUAAGCUGAGAACUCAGGUAACAAUCACCACGAUGGAGAGCAGCCUGAAGACCAUCGAGGAGGAGAACAAGGUCAUCGAGCAGCAGAACGAGUCUCUCCUCCACGAGCUGGCCAACCUGAGCCAGUCCCUGAUCCAUAGUCUGGCUAAUAUCCAGCUGCCGCACAUGGAUCCAAUCAAUGAACAAAAUUUUGAUGCGUACGUGACUACUUUGACGGACAUGUAUACAAAUCAAGACCGUUAUCAGAGCCCAGAAAAUAAAGCCCUUCUGGAAAACAUAAAGCACGCUGUCCGAGGAAUCCAGGUGUGAACGUCCGCGAGAGGCAGGGUCUCGCUUGCACGGGCCCCGGGCUCCGCGCUGCCAGACGCACCCCGAGUGUCAGAUUCUCAUUUCUGUUCGAAACAGUGUCAUGCUUACGAGACUUCAUGAUGAUUUUCUGUCUUGCUUUAAAGAUAGUUCCCCGCAGAACAGUUUUUGGAUACAUUCCCAUUUUGUACGUUUUCAUAUGCGCUGACGUAGUGUGACGUUUCUAGCUGCUAAUGUCUGCACACCUGGGGGCUGUGUGUUUCUGAAGAGGUGAGCCCGUCACAAUAAAUAGAGUGUAAAUUCUUUUUAAUGCUUUAGUGAUUCAAUGUUUUAGUAUUUUGAACUGAAAUGGACAAAAACAAACAAAAAAACCCACAGCUUUGAAUGAUCAUGUGGUGGCCUUGCAGCCACUGUGGAAACAUCCUCAUUUUGCCUCAUGUUGGAGGAUUUUAUGGAAUUAAGAAAUACAUUUUGUGUGCAUAUUGUUUCAUAGCAAGAAUCGGUUGCAAAAAAAAUGCUUUAUUUUUGAACAAUGCUUGGAAAUAUUAUGUGAUUUUUUUUGUUGUUGUUCGUUUGUUUUAGGAGGAUGGUGUAUGGUGGGGGCACUAAGUGAGGUUUUUUGCAUUCCAAGGAAGUGGUAUAUGGAUUAACUGUAAGAGAUGAGAUAAGUAAUUUAUUGUAAGACAACAUCAAGCCAUGGAAAUCUGGCAGAAGAUUCCAAGCAGCUUAAACAGCACUUUUAAGUUCACUGCUGAGCAUUACGUGGUGGGACUCUGGGCACGUCCGCGCAGACGGGCUGGUGAGAGGCGGGCCGCGCGGAGAUGCCCUGUUGCGGGGUCCGUAGACGUUGGAGCAGCCGUCCCCCUCUCCCCGAGCGCAUGGUGCCCCUCAAACUGUCCGUCACGGCCACGGCGUGUGUCCCACAGAACCUGCGUGCUCUCAUUUAUGUUCGAAGCUCAUUUAAGAGUAUUUAUGCUCCCCCCGCCCCGCUUUUAAAAAUGAUCACUGUCGUCGUGGCUGUAAAUCUCUCUCCCCAUCUGGGUGAGGCCCACGGUGCGCCACUCCGUGACCCCGGUACACGCCACUCCGCGAGCUA